UAAGCAUUAUCCAAAUCUGCCAUUACCAUUGUCUGAAAUCAGACAAUAACAGCAAACAGAAAAAAAGAAGAUCAUCCUCAAAGACAUGGCUAUGCUGUAUAAUUUCAACAAUGUUUCUUUAUAUUCCAAAAAAUUCUCUGUAAAAAACCCCUCAAAUUCCCCUCUUUGCUUCAUCAAACCCCACUCUUUAAACUAUCAUAAACCCAAGGUUUUUGAAGACAAACUUGAAAAGGGUUCUUUUUCAUUAAGUGAAACAUUUUCAAAAGCUGGCUUGCUUGCUCUUGUUUCAGCUUCCAUUUUAUUGGUAGAUCCUGCACUUGCUUUCAAGGGAGGAGGGCCUUAUGGAUCUGAAGUAACAAGGGGACAAGACUUAACCGGCAAAGAUUUUAGUGGCAAGACAUUGAUCAAACAAGAUUUCAAGACGUCCAUAUUACGACAAGCCAAUUUCAAAGGCGCAAAGUUGCUUGGUGCUAGCUUCUUUGAUGCCGAUUUAACAGGGGCCGACCUUUCCGAAGCUGAUCUUAGAGGUGUGGAUUUUUCUCUGGCAAACGUAACAAAGAUAUUCACUUCGUUUUCUUCCCUGCAGGCAAAUUUAAGCAAUGCUAUCUUGGAAGGCGCACUUGCAACAGGGAACACAUCCUUCAAAGGAUCAAAUAUAACCGGUGCUGAUUUCACAGAUGUACCAUUGCGAGAUGAUCAACGAGAAUAUCUUUGCAAAGUUGCAGACGGGGUGAAUCCAAUUACCGGAAACGCUACGCGGGACACAUUGCUUUGCAACUAGGUGAAAAUCCAAGAAUUGACACUGCGGCUCUUAUUAUUCAGAGGUUUGUAACUAUUUUGCUGUAAACGAUUGUCAUAUUCUUUUGUUGAAGAUGCAUACACUUUGAUUUGUACGACAAAGAAAGUUAAAUAAACUCUUUUUAUAGCCUGUA